AUGCCUCAAUUCUCCAUGCCCCCUGUGGAGGGCGUGUCGCAGGUCAGCGUGAUGAACCUGAGCUCAGCAAAAGCAGAGGGGUCUGUCUCACAUCCACAUGAGAAAAGAAGAACCAUCAGUCUGCCUGAUGAGUGCCGAGGAAAUGUUUUUAUAACUUAUUCUUCAGACAUUUCUUCAGAGAUAAUUCCCUUUGUAGACUUUCUCACAAAGCAAGGUUUUCGACCAGCUAUUGAUUUAUUUGAUAACCCCAUCAGACGCAUGGAUAUCAACAAGUGGAACGAUGGUUGCCUGAAAGAUCAAUCAGCCCUGAUUGUCAUCGCCAUCAGUCCAAAGUACAAGGCGGACAUUGAAGGAUGUGUAGUGGAUACCCAUGAUCUACACACUAAAUAUAUUCACACCAUGAUGCAGAAUGAAUUCAUCCAGCAAGGCAGCUUGAAUUUUAGAUUCAUACCACUUCUCUUCUUUAAUGCAUCCCAGAAACACGUCCCAAAUUGGCUUCAGAACACGCGUGUUUACCGCUGGCCGCAGGAUGCUGAGGAUGUGUUACUGCGGCUACUCAGGGAGGAGAGAUACGUUCCUCCUCCUGUUCUUCCGGAGCUCUCCCUCAUCAUCAGGCCUGUGUCCCCCAGUGCUGCAGCUACACUAUAA